AUGGCUUCCCCUUCAUCACUAAAAACUCUCAACUCCACCAAUCUCUUCUUCUCCAUCAAACCACCUCCCUCUGUUUCUCUCUCAUCAUCAAUGAAGCUCAAAACACUCCUCCAAACCUUCAUCUUCUCUCAUCUCUACCGCGCCCUCUCCAAAGCCAGAUCAAUCCUCCUCCAAAUCUUCAAGAAUCUGCAGCUCAAGAACAAGCAGAAGAAGCUCUAUUUCAGCUCUUUCAGGCUGCAUUACAACUGGUGCUCGUCUUCUCGGACCAUCUACUUCAAUGCUUACCCCAAGUCGCUCCGCUACGACGUCGGCCCGGCCGGGGAGUGCACUGGAGAGCUGUCCAAGUACCUGCAGUGGCUGGAGGACCAAGAAUCGUCCAAUGAGAUUGACAGGCUGGCCGAUUUGUUCAUUGCUGACUGCCAUGAGAAAUUCAAGCUGGAGAAGCAAGAGUCUUACAGAUUAUUUCAAGAAAUGAUGGCUAGAAGCGUUUGA